AUGGCUCCGCUGGGUCACGCUGCUAGCGUGCCCAGCGUUCCCGGUCGGAAGGUCGAGGAUUUUCAGCAGCUCAGCUUCCUACGAGAGCACGUCCGCGGUCUCUGUCGUCUCAACCAUUCCCGCUUUCCCGGAGCCCAGCCCGUCUCGUUCGAAAAGACAUCGAUCGGUCUACUGCAGUCCGAAGACUACUGGGUGUGCGAAAAGUCGGAUGGUCAACGUGUCCUAAUUCUCAUCGUCAUACCUGCCUCUACGGGCGCUCAAGAGGUCUUCCUGAUCGAUCGAAAGAACGACUACUACCAGGUCGAAGGCGUCGUCUUCCCGCACCACAUGCCCAAGGAUCCCGAGGUGGCCCGCGUCAACGGCAUGCGCAAUCAUACGCUGAUGGACGGAGAACUGGUCAUCGAUACCGAUUCGAGCGGCAAGCAGAAACUCGUCCUGCUUCUCUUUGACCUCAUCGUGCUGGAUCGCGAGCUGCUCGCCAGUCGACCCCUCAGCAAACGCUACGGACGCCUCAAGACUUUCGUCUAUCCACCUUACGUAGACUAUCUCAAGCGAAAUCCUGCAGCUGCCGCACGGCGCCCUUUUGACGUGCAGGUCAAAAAGAUGGACCUUGCAUACGGUAUUCAGAUGGUUCUGUACGAGACGGUGCCCAAUCUGCUUCAUGGCAACGACGGUCUCAUCUUCACCUGUCUUAACAGCGGUUACGUGAUGGGUACCGACCCCAAGAUUCUCAAGUGGAAGCCGCCGAACGAGAAUACGAUCGACUUCAAGCUGAUCCUCCGCUUCCCGCCAGACCUGGAACGUGAUCCACGCGGCAACUUGCCGAAUCUGUCCGUCAUGCCCUUCUUCGAGCUGCACCAGUAUUUGGGCGAUUCGGCCCACGAAGACUACGAGUUCUUCGACGAGCUGUGGGUGGAGCCUGAGGAGUGGAGGCAGAUGGUCGAAUCGGGAGAGCAAUUCGACGACCGCAUCGUCGAGUGUGUCUGGUCGGUCGAUCCGCAGCCAGCCACCGAGCCAUACCUCUCGCGGGAGUUGUCGCUGCCGCCAAGAUGGCGGAUGAUGCGUAUUCGUGAUGACAAGCAUCACGGCAAUCAUCGCUCUAUCGUCGACAAGAUUCUCAAGUCGAUUCGCGAUGGUGUCGACGCCGACGAGCUUGUCAGCGCAGCGCCCGCCAUCCGAGCAGCUUGGAAGACAGCUGAGAGAGAGAAAUUGCGUCAAGGAGCCGGCCAAGCACCAGCACCCACCUCAACGUCGUCGGUGCAGAGUUCCGCUCAGCAUCAGUCUGGAACGCCCAAAACCAUUGGUACCCAGCCCUUUGACCCGUCGCUGCCGUUCGGCGGCAUGGCAUACCAAGGCGUCAAAGGAAAGGCGCCGCCACUCGGCUCGGGUGGUCCGCCUGGCUUGAUACGCAGGUGCCCCCUUGUCGACGGUGCCCAACUAGACACUCGUGAACAACCUUAUCUUUCGACAUCGAGGCGCAAGGAACUCUCCUCGCUAAAGAUCGACAAACUUCAGCUCAGCGAUGACGCGGUCUCCAUCGCAGCCCAGUAUACCGCCGGCAAAGCGAUCCUUGAUCGUCAGACCGGAGAGUCGGUCUCACUCGGCAGUCAGAUCAGCCUCGAUGCUGCCAGUCUUCAGUCAGCUGCCCAGGGGACAGACACUGCGUCGACCUCAUCGUCCGCGCACCAGUCAGUCUCCGCUAUCUCAGCUCAAGGUGUCCUGAAGAACUUCAACACGAUUGAAUCGUUUCGCAGCGCAGACAAGCAAUCCAUCUUUGACGACACGCUUCGCCACCUCUGGAAAGGGUUGAUCGACAGGCAACAAGAACCAGAACGAUUCCUUACAACCUUUUUGGCGCUUACGUUUGCAGACCUUAAGAAAUUCAAGUUCUACUACUGGUUCGCCUACCCUGCCCUAACAACCAGCCCGCCGUGGGAAGUGGUGGACGAUGGUCCAGACGGCAACGAAGCAUGGAAGGGAGUCUCGACGAAAAUCAGCGCCACACAGUGCGACGUGAUUACAGAUUGGAUCCAGCAGCAAAGCAUCGGAAGAGGCUUCUUCCUCUUCAAGGCGGUGAACAGCUCAGAUGCACGAUGCAGCAGGAUAUCAACGUACGAGUCUUUCUUUGAGGGAGUGCCGGAACAGGCGCGCUAUGUCGGCUUUGUCGAUCCCUCGGGCUCAUCACAGAUUCCGGGCUGGCCGCUGCGCAACUUCUUGGCGUAUCUGCACGCUCGCUUUGGUGUCGAGUCAGCUCAGGUCAUCUGCUGGAAGGACGACGUCGGAACAGCCGCCAGCGCGCCCACUCCGGGGAGGUUGAGAAGUGUGGUCGGACAAGUGCGUCUGCCCGCACCGCAGAGCGCUGACCGGGCUUCGGCAUCAGGACUGCGAUUCGACGGAAGACAAACGUGGCUCGCCUGCAAGCCAAGCGAUACCUCAGCGCCCAGUGGCGUUGGCUGGGAGCGCAACGCACAGGGCAAGCUCGCACCCAAGGUGGCCGAUCUGGGACCGCUGAUGGACCCGAGGAAGCUGGCGGAUCAGGCUGUCGACCUCAAUCUCAAGCUCAUGCGCUGGCGAAUCAUGCCAGAAAUCAAGCUCGAGACGAUCCAAAGCACACGAUGCCUCUUGCUCGGUGCGGGUACACUCGGGUGUUACGUAGCGCGCUCUCUCUUGGGAUGGGGUGUUCGACAGAUCACGUUGGUGGACUCUGCCAAAGUUUCGUUUUCCAACCCAGUACGGCAGCCGCUAUUUGACUUUGAAGACUGCCUGGAAGGCGGACAGCCCAAAGCCGAAUGUGCGGCCAGGCGAUUGAUGCGCAUCUACCCUGGCGUCGAUGCUAAGGGCAUCAGCCUCAGCAUUCCGAUGCCAGGACACCCGGUUGCGCCAAACACCGAACACCGGGUGAAGGAGGACGUCGAACGCUUGGAAAAGCUGGUGGACGAACACGACGUCAUCUACCUGCUCAUGGACUCGAGGGAAAGUCGAUGGCUUCCAAGUCUGUUGGGUGCUGCCAAAUCCAAGCUGGUCAUCAAUGCAGCACUCGGUUUCGACAGCUAUCUAGUCAUGCGACACGGGGGUCCGCCCAUAGCGGCCGAGGGAACAGAGGGGCGACCGGAUGCGAACAAAGGCAAGACCGCUGACCAGAGCUGGCACGGACGGCUAGGCUGCUACUUUUGCAACGAUGUGGUUGCGCCAUCCGAUUCCCUCACCGACCGAACGUUGGAUCAAAUGUGCACGGUGACCAGACCCGGCUUGGCCGCUAUUGCCGGCGCCUCUGCUGUUGAAUUGAUGGUGUCGGUGCUGCAGCACGAUCUCGGGGUAAACGCGCCUGCCACGGCGGGUGAAACAUCGAGGCAAGGCGUGGAAGAUGCGCAAGCGAUCGCAGAUGCCACCACAGUGCUCGGUAUCGUACCGCAUCAGCUUCGAGGCUUCCUUGCGCAGUUCCACACAUUGAGGGUAGUCGGUCAAGCCUACGAUCGUUGUACGGGAUGCAGUGCAGCUGUUGUGGAAGCGUACCGUGCCAGAGGCUUCGAGAUGCUGCUGAACGCUUUCAACGAAGACAAGUACCUGGAGCAGCUGACGGGGCUGGAUAAGAUGUAUCAGGAGGCGGAGGAGCUGGAAGCUGCGGUGGAUUGGGAUGUCGAGGAUGACGAUGAAGACGGGUUCUGA